AUGAAGCAUCAAGACUUGCCCAAGGCUGCGGAUUCCACUUCAUUUACUAUGAUGGAAGAUGAGAUUGAGAAUCUACCAGUCUUCGUGUCGCCAGUACGGAUCCACCCCUCCUCGGCAUUGACCAGGGUUUCAACAGUUGGUGACCGCAUGGCUCCUCUAGAGACAGAGGCCCUGCUUCCAGCGUGGAAAGAGCAGCUACGUCGUUCUAAGUCAAACGAAGGGAAGACGCGCAUUCAAUACUCACUUUUUCCGGGAACUCAGAGGAGCACUGUCUUGGCGGGCUAUGAAAACAGUGAGUUGGGUGGGCACUGGAUGCCCCAAAGAAUCAACAAAAGAGGCGGAGUCAGCCUGACUGAUGAAGGUAAAACGGCGGCUACAGUUGCAGCUGUUGUUGCCGCAACAUCCUCUCCGAGGAUGAGCGACGCGACGCACGCGUUUCUUCACACGAUUGCGGGAGCAGCCGGUGCUGUAGUGGCUAUGGCAGUGGUGUAUCCACUGGACUCUCUCCGUACCAUUCAGUCUGUCCAAGGGGGGAGCGCCUGGGAAGUGCUGAAGCUUCACUUACGUCAUGGUGGUUGGAGGCGACUUUACAAGGGGAUGAGGGCGGCGGUCGCUGGAGUCAUUUUCAGCUGGGGCACAUACUUUUUCGUGUACACUUUAGCCAAGCAGAAGGAGAAAAAUCGAGGCUCAAAGGCCAAAGCGGGAACGAACCUCCCAAUGGCGAUCGGAGCAGGAGUUUGUUCUACUAUCAUUAGCAAUCCAUUUUGGGUUGCUAACACUCGUCUCAAGCUGGAUUUCUCCUCGAAGACAGACGAACAUAGCAUCUUUGUGAUGCUAGUCGAAAUUUUGCGCAAGGAGGGAUUUCGUGGUUGGCUUGCGGGGAUUGUGCCAGCGCUGGUUCUGGUCUUAAACCCUGCUAUUCAGUUCGCUCUGUACGAUCACCUGCGGGCAAAGGUGCUACAGCUGAAACAGCUGGACAGUGCAAAAGCACAUGCGUGCAUUGCAUGCAUGAGGAAACCUGAAUAUGUGGAUCGUGCGUGGGGCCCAGGUCUUGCAGCCAAGCUGGUGGCUACGCUUGUGACAUACCCCUAUCUUGUUGUCAAGACCCGAGCGCAAAGCAAAGUGUUUAAUGUUAAAGACUACUCCUCAAGCGUGCGAAGCUUGAUAAUGAUUCUUGAGACGGAGGGCCUACCAGGACUUUUCGCAGGCUUGCCGUCGAAGUUGACAGCUACACUGCUGUCAUCUGCCAUAAUGUUCACGGUGUACGAGCAGUUACUACCCCUCGUUGUCAAGAUAUCCAGGCCUCUGAUGACCAAAAGUCGGAAUGCCGAUUCCAUGCAUCGUAAAAGGGCUAGUUAA